AUGCGUUUGGCUUCGCCAUUGGCUCUGUCUCUGCUUGCUGGCACGCUGUCACACGCUUUGCCUCCUGCGCAAGACAAACCCACUUCCACCGUAUCUGCCGCUCCAUCUUCGGUCACGUUCACUGCUGCCAGCACUGACACCGCUGUAGCUGCUGAUCAGUUGGACCAGCUCUCGAACUUUGCGCAGGAGCAGACUAACUCUACUCUGUCCACUAACAGCAAGAAGCGUAAAGGAUGCAGCUUGUCGAACGUAGCUGUGCGCCGCGAGUAUUCCUCUUUGUCGAAAAAGGAGCGUAAGUCCUACACCGACGCUGUCCUGUGCCUGCAGAAGAAGCGGACCAAGACACCGGCAUCUCUCAUACCCGGUUCGCGGUCGCGGUUCGAUGACUGGGUUGGUACACACCUGAAUCAGACCCUGACUAUCCACUACACCGGUACUUUCCUUGCAUGGCACCGAUAUUUCAUCUGGCAAUACGAGCAAGCCCUUCGCAAUGAAUGUGGCUACACUGGCUACCAACCCUACUGGAACUGGGCCAAGACCGCCAUCACCGGCCUUGAGAAUUCUCCUAUGCUUGAUGGCUCUGACCACUCCAUGUCCGGUAACGGAGAAUUCAUCCCUGGCCGUGGCAAUGUCAUUCUCGGCGGCAACGGGCUGCCUGAAAUCGCCAUUCCCGCCGGCAGUGGUGGCGGCUGCGUCACAUCUGGACCUUUCAAGGACAUGAAGGUCAACCUUGGCCCCAUUGCCCUCGGCCUCACCAACGGUAGCACCGUUUCUAACGGCGAUGGCUUGGCCUACAACCCCAGAUGCCUCAAGCGCGACUUGACUGACUACAGCAACAAGAAGUGGGCCAAUGCUACCAGCAUUGUCAGCCUUAUUGUGGGCAACGAAGACAUCGAAAGCUUCCAGAUGCAGAUGCAGGGUGUUCCAGGCAGCGGAAACAUCGGUGUUCACGGUGGUGGUCACUACUCUAUCGGUGGUGAUCCCGGCCGUGACCUCUUUAUCUCUCCCGGUGACCCUCUAUUCUAUCUGCAUCACGGCAUGAUCGACCGCGCCUGGUGGAUCUGGCAGCAGCUUGACAGGAAGACACGCACCAGCGAGAAGGGAAUUUCUGGAACCAACACCUUUUUGAAUACUCCUCCUUCCGCCAACACUACACUUGACACCCUCAUAGACCUCGGCUAUUCCGCUGGUCCUCCUGUCACGAUGAAUGACUUGAUGAGCACCACCGAGGGUCCUAUGUGCUACAUGUACUUGUGA